CGUGGCCCUUCCCAAAGUUUGCUUCCACUGCUCUCUGCAGUGGAUUGACAGGGCAGAGCCUCCUUUCUUAACUGCAGUCCUCUCCUGCCAGUUCUGCUCCUCAGGGUGCACCCCAGGCCCAAGGCUCCCACCUCACGAUGCCUUGUGUCUGUUUGCAGUUGCCCUAGAUCAGCAGCGGCCAUGAGUAUCCAAGUCCACAUCGACAAUUACCAGGUGGCUGGCUUUGCCAUAAUCACUAUUGCAUGGAUCUUUAGCAGCACUUCCAUGGGCCUCGUGGAGUGGCGCAUGUGGCACAUGGAUGACCCUUCGCUCUCCUCUUCUAUCGUCUGUGUGGGAAUGUGGAGAGUCUGCAUUUACAAGCACGACAGCAACUUCAGCAAAGCCAAGAGGUGUCACCAAUACGCCUACCACGACAUCUUCCUCCCUCUGGAUAUUCGCACCGCUCAGCACCUCCUGCUGGCCGCCAGCGCCCUGGGGCUCUUGGGGAAAACUUGUGCCAUCAUGGCACUCAGGAACACGCAGCGGAGAACCCAGGCCAAGGAGAGGGCCCACAGACUCUUCAUCACUGCGGGAGUUUUUGCCAUCACUGCGUGCUGCUGUGUCUCGGUUGCUGUCUUCUGGAACUUCCACUCCGUCAUGAAUGAGGAGAGGGUCUACUUCCCGCUGUCUUUCCAUUUGCCCUUCCAGCCCGGCAAUCAGGAAAUAGGGAGCGCCAUGCUAGUGGCAGGCAUAGGUGCCUUCCUGUUGUUGUUAAGUGGGUUGUUUUUCCUUUCUUACACUUAUCCUCUGGACAUUCCAGUAAAUCCUGAGAACUGACAAACAAACGAACAAAAAAGGAGAUUGCAUUGGCUUUGAAAAUCCAAAAUUCCCAAGAAUUUAUGAAAAAUAUUAUCAGGUAAUUCAAGGACAAGGAAUUCUAUGCAAAGGGACCCUGGGACAGAAAGUGGUCACAGUGCCUUCCAUUAUCUUCUGGGUUUGACUAUGGUUCACUAAUAGGCUGGUUGGAAUAGAAGCUUUCAUUUAAAAAAAUCUUGCUUUCCCACCUGCAAACAAAUAAACAAACAAACAAACAAAAUAGCAGAUGUCAGGGAGGGGCACACUGCACAGCUCUGGGUGCCUGCUUGGCUCUGCCUCACCCCUGUAGGUGGAGGUUGGCCCUGCGUGGUGACUAUGCUGGCCUGGCAGGCUGUCCCACACUCUGUGCCCACCAAUAUAGUUGCUGCUGCUGGGCCCUGAACUAGGACCCAGGACUGUGAAUGAGAGAUUGGCUUCUCCUACCCCUUACUAUAACUCUCUCCAGUAACCCAAGGCCCCCACCCUUCCAGCAUCUUGGGAAUGGACCAUUACUCUGCCGCUGUGAGUCUGAGGCAAGAUCACCAGAUGGACAGCAGGGAAACAGGGCCACUUCAGAGAGGUCUUCUUGGUGAUGACCAUCCCUGGGGUGCAGAGAUACACUCAGGGAGUAUACAACACCUCAAGCACAGCAAUGCCCAAGCCCAGCCCCUCCCUCCCCUGA